AUGUCUGGAAUGUCACCAAAGCUACAGAAGACAAGAAAUAUGUUAAAGGGUGAAACCCUUUCAAAUUCUUCGUCUCGUUCAGCAUCCAGAGCAAGGACUCCAACAGCAGAUGGCGAGGAAAAUGGGCAACUUGACUUCAACUUUCAAAGCAUUGAAGAGUUGCUUUCAAAGAAACUUGAGUCUUUACAGUCAUUUGUGGAGCAACAGGACUCAUCUGGACGUACUGGGUAUCAAGGGGUGGAACAUGGAGAUCAGAAACAGAAAUCUACAGAGCAAUUGAAUACAUCAGUCAUUAAAUCUAGCUCGACAGGUAUAAACGAUAUUAUAUUUUCUUUGUCUAGGUCAAGGACUGAAGUGUCAUCACAAUCGAGAGAGCUUCUUUUGGCUCAGCUUUACAAAUUGGUAGUCUCAAAGCCAUUGUCAAUCUACAAUGAGACUGUCAUAGGAACUAAUAAGUAUGUAACGGAAGACAAAGUUCAAGAUUUAGUCAAUGUGUUCACUAGUGGCGAUUACAGAUCCGAAACUGAAUUUCUAUUGUUAUUCAGAUCCAUCGUUGCUAUCAUAGCAGGGAAUAUAGAGGAAUUCAGUUCCUUUAUAUCUUCUGAACUCUUAAGUCAUAUACAAAAAUUGAUUCAAGAUCCUCCCAAUGGGGUUAUAACUAAUGAAAACAAAUCGAAUCUUAUUACUGGAUAUACAGGGCUUCUCCUUGUUCUCUACAACGGGACUUCAAGCUUUGGGAUUGAUGAAAAAAUAACAUGGCUUCUUGAAUUGAGCGAGGGUCUUAGUUUGAGUUCCAUUGCUUUGCACCAGCAGAUCGAUGCAGGUGAUAGAGAUUAUUCCACUAUUUUCGAAAAGGAUAGUGAUCAAAAGCUAUUGACUGAAUCGUUCGCGAAAGCGGAUGCUGAGGCAUCUGUUGCAAUCUCUGGAUUACAUGCUACGGGUUGUCUUUUAACCUUGUUGAAAAGGGGUGAAUACCUCAACGAAAGAAUAACAGAAAUAAUUCCAAAUUUGGUUGAUUUGAUGGAUAAUGACGAGAACUUGGAAAUCUCGAAGGCAGCUGGAAGGGUGAUUGCUCUUUGCUAUGAACUCUUUAAGUAUGAUGACCUGGAAGAUAUUGACGAUGAAUUUGAAGAUGAGGAUUUCAAUUCCAACGCCCCUUAUUAUGAGCAGGGUGCUUUAUUUUCUAUAGUGGAUCGUUUGGCAAAUUUGUCAGACAAAAAAAUAUCUAAAAAGGACAGGAAAUCAUCUCAUUCAAUAUUUGGAGAUAUACUUAACACUUUGAAAUGCUAUACUGAUAACAGCAAGAGAGCUGAGAUAUAUAAGAAGUCUCCAGAGGGAAUCUCAAUUCAAAAGUCUUUAAUGGAUUAUACUUACGUAAAAUUGUCAAAAACGAGAUUGAUUCAUAUUAACAGUUGGUUUCUUUAUAUCAGAUUGAUUCAUUUAAAAUGGUGUUUCAGUUUCGGAUUGCAUAAUCAAUUGGUUGGAAAUGAAACAAUUAGAGAUAUUUUGAGAGAACCACCUACGGAUUAUCAAAUUAAGUAUGGUUAUACUCCUGAUACUGAUUCUAUUGAUAUCGACGAUAACCUUAGCCCGGGCCGUGGAGGUGAAAAACAUGCCAGUAGUGACAAGAGAAGAACUGAGAAAAUAAGAAAAGCUAGAGUAAAUAAGCUUGCAGAGGAGGUCGAGGAUUUAAACAUUCGAAAUUAA